CAGUCACCCUAUAAAUACAUCCGCAAAACCAUCUCUCUACAUAACACAAACACAUCAAACUUAAACAAAUUUAAAGUUCUAUUUUCUUGAAUCUUGGCGUGUUCUUGUACCGUCUAAUGGGAGGCAACGGCAGAAAGAAGUUCUCGCUCUUUAGCUUCUUUAAAUCACGAAGGUCUUCUCACAGAGUUGAAGCAGACGCAUGGGACGACGGCGUAUACACAAGAAAGGCAUGGGCCAGCGACGAGGACAAGCGUUAUUGGGUGGCUGAGCCAGGUAUUGACCGUAAAGCCUCUGCCUUCAUCGCCAAGUUCCAUGCCUCUCGUGUCUCUGAGUCUGAGUGCCAAACUCUCCCUCCUUGCCAGUCUCAUCAUAACUAGCCAUCAUAAUCAUGAUGAUGAUGAUGGUGAAUGAAAGAAUGCCAAUAGCUUAUUUAGUUUGGUUCUGUAUAUUCUCUGUUCUUUUAUGUUCAUGAUGGUGUCCUUAUGAUGAUUUGUUUAUAAAAUGCCUUGUAUGCAGUUCAAAGCCAUU